AAAACCCACCUGCACCCCCAUCACUCCGUAACAACCUUCAACAAGCGGUUACAACUAACCCUAACAAUGAAGGAGCUUCUGAACAACGAAUAUCAACUCACCGGCGAGAUCGGCAGAGGCCGCUUCGGCGUCGUCUACCGCUGCUACUCCACCGUCUCGGGCGACUCAUUCGCCUGCAAAUCCAUCGACAAACGCCUCCUCUCCGAUCAUACCGACCGCGAGUGCCUCCAAAAAGAGCCUAAAAUCCUCCACAUCCUCGGCGGAAACCCUAACAUUGUCCAGAUCCACCGGUUAUACGAAGACGAUAACUAUUUGCAUAUGAUUAUUGACCUCUGUGACUCGCCGGACCUCUUCGACCGGAUCUCGAACCGCUCCGGAGUGUUUUCCGAAACCGAAGCGGCCUCGAUCUUCUCGCCGUUGAUGUUAGCGAUCAGUUAUUGUCAUCGGUUAGGUAUAGCGCAUCGUGAUAUUAAGCCGGAUAACGUUUUGUUUGAUUCUAGAGGCGAAUUGAAGCUUGCGGAUUUCGGAUCUGCGGAGUGGUUUGCGAUGAGUGAUGCCGGAAUGAUGACCGGAAUCGUAGGUACACCGUAUUAUGUGGCGCCGGAGGUUUUGUCCGGUAGAGAGUACAACGAGAAGGUUGAUGUGUGGAGUGCCGGCGUGAUUUUGUACAUAAUGUUGGCCGGAGUUCCUCCGUUUUACGGUGACUCUCCGGCGGAGACUUUUGAGGCGGUUUUGCGUGGAAAUUUGCGGUUUCCGACGAGAAUUUUCAAAUCUGUUUCACCGGAAGUUAAAGAUCUGUUGAGGAAAAUGCUGUGUAAAGAUGUUUCUAGAAGAUUAUCUGCUGAACAAGUCCUCAGACAUCCAUGGGUUGUAAGUGGAGGUGAAACCAGAUCUAUGGCUGAUUUGACUUGAGAAAGAAAGCUUCUGUGAAAUUGUAAUGAUAUUCUGAAAUCAACACUGGUUUUUUGAUCUGUUGAUUUUGAAUCCUUGAUGAAUCAACAGAAAGAGAGAGAAUGAAAGUUCAAUGAAUCUUCUGAAGUUGAGGAGGUCUGCAAUCUCUGCAUUUACAUUACUCUGUUUUUUUUUUGUUUAUCUUUUACCACUAGUAGUAUAUGGAGAAUGGAUGAAUGAAUGAGUGAGUGAGUGAUCUAUGUAGAAGAUUUUGUAAAUAGGGAAGAGUAAAUAGGAAGAUGGAUAAAGUGAUGGUGUGUAUGUUCAUGGCUGUAAGAUGUCAUCAUCCUUGUUUUUCUUGCCUUCGAAUCUGAAUAAGAGUUUUCAGUUUCUGUAUC